AUGGCCUGCUGCUCCCCGUGCUGCCAGCCCAGCUGCUGCCAGACCACCUGCUGCACCACCAACUGCUGCAGCUGCUGCUCCCCCUGUGGCCAGCCCGCCUGCUGUACCCCUGUGCACUGCCACAGAACCUGGUACCGGCCCACCUGCUCCUGCCUGCUUGGGUGCCUCCCAGAGAGCUUGGGGUGCCCCUGCGGCCAGCCUUGCGGCUGCUGA